AUGUCCGACUCCAAGACCAACCUCCUCGCCCACAUGGACGAGUCCACAACCAACCUCGCCGACCCACCGCCAGCCUACGACCCGCGAACCAGCAAGCCCGCGCUCCCACGCCCACCCCCACUCUCCCUCGCCGUACUCAACGACCUCCGCACAAAACGCGUGAUCCUAGCCUCAUCCUCACCACGCCGCCGCCAAAUAAUCGCGCACCUAGGCCUCCCCAUCGAAGUGAUUCCCUCAAAUGCCGAAGAAGACCUGCCCAAGACACUAGCGCCGUUCGAGUACGUGCUGGGCACGGCAACAAAAAAGGCCGAGGCGGUCUACGAGCAGGAAAUCAACAACGAGGCCCACGGCGAGCCGGCGCUGAUCCUUGCCGCCGACACGGUCGUCGUUGAUACGGCGUCUGGCUCGAUUCUCGAGAAGCCGCGCUCCGAGGCGCACCAUGUUGCCAUGCUGCGGUCGCUGCGCGAUGCCCGGGACCAUAAGGUGUUCACGGCGCUUGUGGCGAUGGCGCCGUUGGCGAGUGCGCGCCAGCCUGGGUAUGCUAUGGAGUCGACGGUCGAGGAGACGGCUGUGCGGUUUGAUGGCGAGGUUACGGAUGAUUUGAUUCUGGCAUAUGUGCGGACCCGUGAGGGUGCGGAUAAGGCUGGCGGGUAUGGGUUGCAGGGGCUGGGGUCGAUUCUGGUCGAGAAGAUUGAUGGCAGCUAUGAUAAUGUUGUCGGGUUGCCUCUGAAGGCUACUCUGAAGCUCAUUGAGGAUGUCAUGGCUCGGGCGGAUGAUGAGGAUCGGUUGCUGAAUGAUCCGGUGUUGGAUCCUAGUGAGGAUGAAGACGAGGAAUAG